CACGAUUUGCAAUUUACUAAGAGAAUGAUGUGCUGCUUUUAAAAUUUCAUAUGCAACUUUUCCUUUAAAAAGGCAUACUAAUCAAUGAGUCAAGAAUCAGUAAGAUUUUGUGUGUUGAUAGAACAGCAAUAAGGUGUUAAGUUUUAGAAAAAAAAAAAAAAAACAAUGAAGUUCUGUGGCUUAAUUGUGCUAAUAUUCAUCCAAUAUUCCCAUCAAACAUUUUAUGGAGGAAAAGGUUCUCUUGGAUCAACUGUAGUUCUUACAGAAUCACAUCAAAAGGGUUUAAAUGCUGGAGGACCUAUAGUCUUUCCAACACACGGUCAAGGCGACCAAAAUGUGCAAUUCAGUCUUGGAUUCAGUAAAUAUAAACCAGGACAAAUUCUUCAUAGCCUCGGGACAAGCAUUCUUGGUCAUAAACUAAAUAAACAUCAUGGAAGUAGUGGAUGGAAUGCUCAAGGAGCCCAUCAGGGCGGAUUUGGAAGCACUGGAGUUAAUUCUAAUGCAGGAGGAGGAUUAUAUGGCAGUGGUCAUAAUUUUAAACCACAAGGAGGCUCACCUGGAGUAAAUAAUGGAUGUAAUGCAUGUAAUGACAAUAAUGUAAAUACAAAUAAAGGCACUGGAAUUGGUUUUAAUCCACAAAGCGGAUAUGGAGGUGGAAAUUUUGGAGCAGUGCCAGAGCAUAACUCACAUGGAGGUGUUUUACCGAAUCCAGGCCAAAAUACAAAUGGAUUUAAUUAUGCAGGAAGUUCAAGUUCUGCUGGAAGCUUUGCUUCAAGUGGCAGUUUUAGCCAUAAUGUUGGGAAUGCAGGAGGUGGAUAUGGAAAUACUGGUAGUAAAAAACCUGGACUUGAUGGGGCUAGCAUCGGUUUCGGUGGAAAUGAUGGAAGUAAGAAGCCAAAUCAAGGUCCUAAUGCAGGUGGAUUCAGCUCAUCAGGAAGUGUUGGUGGAAGUUUUGGCAAUUCUGGUAGCGGAUUUGAAGGUGUUGGACAGAACAAACCAAGUACGACACCAUCUGGAAGUAGCUAUGGUGAGUCAAGACCUAAUACUGGAGGUUAUAAGCCCAACCAAGGCAAUCAAGGUACAAAUACUGGAAGUGGAUUCAGCUCAUCAGGAAGUGUAGGUGGAACUUUUAGCAAUUCUGGAAAUAGUUUCGGUGGGUCAGGAUCUAAUGUUGGUGGUUACAAACCAAAUCAAAGCAGUCAAGGCUCAAAUACAGGUGGAUUCAGCUCAUCAGGAAGUGUAGGUGGAAGUUUUGGCAGUUCUGGAAGUGAAUAUGGAAAUGUUGGUCAUAAAAAACCAACACAAACUGAAAGUAGUUAUGGAGGAUCAAACCCAAAUGUUGGAAGUUACAGACCAACUAAUACAGGAGGAGUUAAUUUCGGUUCUGUUGCCAGUUUUGGCCAUAAUGCAGGUAGCUCUGGAAAUUCAAAUACUGGCACAGCACAAGUUGGUGGUGGUUCAACGUAUGGAACACAUGAAUCAGACAUAAAUCCUCAUAAUUCUGGUGCUGGUCACAAUGCAAACGAUGCAAGCAAUCACUUUAAUUCUCAUGGCAACGGUGGUUUUAAUUCAAAUACCAAUACAAAUAAUGCAGGCGGUUUUACUACAAACACAGAGUCCUUAUCAACUGGUGGCAACUAUGGCCCGCAUUCUCAUGGUUCAAAUAAUCCACAAAAUGCUCAUGGCAAUGUAGCAAACUCAAAUUCAUAUAGUGGAAGUGGAAAUGACUUUUCAUCAUCAUCACACAGCACGAGCAACAGCAACGCAAAUGUAAAUGCCGUACAUGAUUCAAAACCUGUUGAUUCCACUGCACAUGGUACUAACGAUUGGAGUACUCUUGACAAUGUCGGUUUAAAUUUACAUAAGUUAGUCAAUAAUAAUGCACACUCAAGUGCCAGUGCCAAUUCUUAUUCUGGAUCGACGAGUGUCGGAAAUGAUUUAUUUAAAGUUACGAGUGGAUUUUCACAAUCAUCUGCAUCUGCUUCGUCCUCCGGCAAUGCACACAGUACACAUGCAGCAAGUCAUGCUUCAGCAACUGCAGGUUUAUUGAGCGGCCCAUCUUAUGGCUAAAUUUUUGACAUAUUGCGCAAGUUUGUUUUUGUAUUCUUAUCAUUAGUUUGUAAAUAUUAUUUGAUUCUAUGACAUGUAUGCCAAUGAGGUUGAGUGAUAACUUUUGAACAGUUUGGCAAUAAAUG